UUUUCUAAUGUUUGAAUUAGGUUUAUUUGUUUUUUAAAGAUUUAUUUAUGUUUUGUAUUUGAAAUGCAGGUUUUACAGAGAGAAGAGAGACACAAAGAGAGGUCUUCCAUCUACUGGUUCACUCCUCAAAUGGCAGCAACUGCCAGAGCUGAGCUGAUUUGAAAACAGGAGUCAGGAGCUGCUCCCGGGUGAAGGUGGGCCCAGUCCUGUAUAAUGAGCUGAUCUCAUUAGAAUAUGUGGAGAUAAAACAAUCUGAAGAAACUUCAAGACCACAGGGUUCACUGGCUGGAAGACACUGUACUGCUUGCGCCAGGAGUAACAGUGGAAGGGGACCAUUACUGUCCUGCAGAAAUCAUGGGGGACUUCGAGGAGCAGCCACAAUCAAGGAAGACAGACAUCUACUCGGAUUUACCAAAAGUGGAACUUCAUGCCCACUUGAAUGGAUCCAUUAGUUCUAACACCAUGAAAAAAUUAAUAGCCAAGAAACCAGAUCUUAAAAUCCACAAUGAGAUGACUAUGAUUGAUAAGGGAAAGAAAAGAACUCUUGAAGAAUGUUUCCAGAUGUUUCAGAUCAUUCAUCAGCUUACUACUAGCCCUGAAGAUAUUCUAAUGGUCACAAAAGAUGUCAUUAAGGAAUUUGCAGAUGACGGUGUCAAAUAUCUGGAACUGAGGAGCACUCCAAGAGAAAAUGCUGCUGGAAUGACUAAAAAGUCUUAUGUGGAAUCUAUACUUGAGGGUAUAAAACAGUGCAAGCAAGAAAACUUAGACAUUGAUGUUAGAUAUUUACUAGCCAUCGACAGAAGAGAUGGCCCUUCCGUAGCCAAGGAGACUGUUAAACUUGCAGAAGAGUUCUUCCUUUCUACCCAAGACAUAGUUCUUGGCAUUGACCUCAGUGGAGACCCUACUAUAGGACAAGCAGAAGACUAUUUGGAACCUCUUUCAGAAGCUAAAAAUGCAGGUCUGAAGUUGGCGCUACAUCUUUCAGAGAUCUCGAACCAAGGAAAAGAAACUCAGAUGCUCCUGGAUCUGCUUCCUGAUAGAAUUGGGCAUGGAACAUUUCUCAACUCCUCUGAGGGACAAUCCCUGAAUCUGGUGGACUUCGUGAGGCAACACCGCAUACCACUGGAAUUGUGCUUGACGUCAAACAUCAAAAGUCAGACAGUUCCAUCUUACGACCAGCAUCAUUUCGGAUUUUGGUACAGCAUUGCACACCCUUCUGUGAUCUGUACUGAUGAUAAGGGUGUUUUUGCAACACACCUUUCUCAAGAGUAUCGGCUGGCAGCUGAAACAUUUAAUCUGACCCAAUCUCAGGUGUGGAAUUUAUCGUAUGAAUCCAUCAACUACAUCUUUGCUUCUGCCGGCACCAGAUCUGAACUGAGGAAGAAGUGGAAUCACUUGAAGCCCAAAGUGUUACAGUUUUAAGCUAGAAUGAAGUCAGCUAUCGGUGGGUUAGUACUGGAACCAGUCUUCUUACCAUAUCCGACUUAGUAAGCCUUUGCCUUCAGGAAGCACAGCAGCCAAGUACCACAGAUUCCAUUACCUCCCAUGGCCAGGGCCUAGCUUACUUGCCUGCUGCUUACCUGGAAAGACUUAAGGGUUGUUGUUCACUAACCUAACUAUCCCACUAUUGAUUUGUUUCACUUAGCAGUCGCGUCCCAAUAGUUAUCAUACAAUUUCCAAGAAAUUGAAGUAAUUUCUCAUCUGGAAAUUUUUGAAAUGGCAGCCUAAGGUAAGGGAGCACAGGGAAAACAAUUACCAGCGAGACCCAGAACCUUUCAGCUUGUGGCAAUAUCCAUGCAUUUGGUUGUGCAAAAGACUUGUGAAAGACUCCUUUCACUUUCACUCUAUCACUUUAGUUUUGUUUUUUAUUUUUUCUUUUUCUGGGAGCUGCCAAGAUUUCCACUGUAUUACUCACUUUGUUUUCAUUUGCAAAGAUCUUUGUAGUGGUGGCAAAGCUGGAGUCACUGGGGCUGUGUGAGUGUGCAGACUCAACUAAGAUUAGUUCUGACUGGUAAGAAAAAUAAUGUGUUAGAUAUCAGAGUAUGACUCAGUUACCUUGCUCCCUAGAAUGUAUUUCUUUGGUUUCUGAGGAAGUUGUGGCUGAUACUAAUUUCAUUUGCUAAGAGUUUCUGAAAAGCAUUCUUACUCUUUGGGAGCAGGAUAAAGGGAAGCUCUUAGGCCUUUGAAGUAUUUAGAUCUAUUUUUGUAACCAUGCAUAACAUUGUUAUUCUCUGCUCCCAUCUACUCAUUCAGAACUCACAAAGCUAAAAAGCUAUGUUUUAUCUAUAACGUGUGAUAUUUUUGCAGCCACCUAAAAUGCUGUAGAACAAAAUUUAUAAUGUGAAAAUGUUCAUGAUAAGUUAUUUGGUGAA